UUCAGACUUUCUUCACGCGUCUGUAGAAGACGAACGCGGAAAUGCUAUUGAGCUGCACGAAAGCGAGAAUAUUAAUGCGUUUAUAAAUAAACCAGAGGAAAAAUCCAGCGAGCCGCGGCGUCGCGAAGCUUUUGCUCCUCCGCUGACGCUAUCGCUCGGCUAGCGAUCCAUCAGAGGCACACGCCGCCGCUUAGUUCCGCUCCACCUGGCCGCCGUCGCGGCGAGAUACCGCUCGUUUUCGAGUAUUUCGAGAACGCGCGGCCGCGUUCUUCGAGUCUCGCUUCAUUUCAUUUUGGAACUCCUCACGUCGAACUCACAAUAGCAGAUCAAGUAAAUGAAGAUUUCAUACUCUUGGUAAGGAGAUGAAUGGAGGAAGGUAGAUAGCAAGAUGAAUAACAGGGAAGAGGAAGAAUAUAGAAGACAAGAGAAAAUAAACUAACUAAAGAAUAGAAUUUGUAAUUUGGAAGAAGAUAAAAGAAGAAUAGUGACUUAAGAAAAGAAUAGGGAGUGGAAGAAAAAAUUGAAAGUUGUGUUGUUUAAUGAAAGAGUAAAACAGUGGUUUGUAAGAAGAACAGAAAAAAAUAGAAACACUACGAUAGUUCAGGAAUGAAGAGGAGACAAGUGAAUUGAAAGAAAAAUGGUGAAGAGAAGAGGAUAUAAAGAAUAGAAGUAUGGCGUGAAUGACGUAGGAAGAAGAAGAAGAACAGGAAAAUACAGAAUUUUAAAGGAAAAUAAAGUACUCGUUUGACAAGUAUAAAGAGAGAAACAUGAAAAUAUUAAUUUUGAAAUAAAAAGUUGCGAAUAGAUACAACGUGGGAAAAAUUGAUUGAAGGGAAUUUGGGAAGUUUGAAAGAAGAAAGUUUGUAGAGGAACGUUCGACUUGCUUUGGGAAACAGAAAAUUGGGAGGAGUUCUGGAGAGAAAAUAGAACAAGUUUCAGAAAGAAAAUGGAAAGACUCGAGAGAGGCGUGGAAGAACCCUGGAUGGACCAGAAAUUGAAGAAAUUUUAAAUGAGGAAUUGAGUGCAUCUUGGGGAGAAAAGUUGAAGAAGUUUCAUCUAGAAAUAAAAAACUAAAUCAACAAUGGUUCGUAAAAGAAACAAAAUACUAAACAAUGUUUCAAACUAGUAGCGGAGCAAAAGGAGAUUGGUAAAAAUCCAAGAAACUAAUAAACUGAAUAAAUUUUAACACAAAAAUUCCAAAUUCUUCAAAUUGAAUUGAAAAUUUCAAAUUGAAAAAGAAAAUCAACUUAUCAAUAAAAGAAACAAAAAUAUCUAACAACAAUCAUAGAACAAUUCUAAGAAUUCCAAUGACAGGUAAGGUGAUCUGUUCAGUGAGUCUAAUGACAAGUAAAGUGACAUCUGUUCAGUGACAUCCAAAAAUACCUUCGACAACAUCGCGAAAGCCUUAAAUGAAGAUCAAUCUUAGUGAUACGUUCUUUUCAGCAAACAGAGGUGGAGUUUCAUCCUGAGAAAAAAUGAAAUGUUGAUCGACCAUUUGUUUAUUUUCAAAAUUAUCCGUAAAUGCUUGAAUAGUUAAGUAGCUGUAAAAAUGACAAACACGAUUAAUCCCGAACGAUCAAUGGGAUACGAUUUCAGCAUUCAAUAAUAUUUCAAUACAGCUUCGAUGUUUUGUUUUCCUUUUACACUCUUAUCUCGAAGACAGUCACCUGAUAGUAUUAUAUAAUAUUUCAUUUAUCUUUCUUUAUAUAGAAUUGUUUUCUUAAGAUGAAGAUAAUAUUACGUAUUUGGGUGGGUAAUAAUAAUAAUAAGGUUGUGAAAAUUCAUACGGUAGUAAACUGAAAUUGUUCCUCGAAACCGGCAAGUAUUUAUAGAGAGCUUUCAGAAAAUGAAGCUUUCAAGAGAAGCCUUUGAUUUCUCACGAAUCUGUUUCCGCCCGAUGGAACAAUAUACCGAUCGAGUAAUUAAAGUUCGUCGAAGUCCGUAUAUUAAAGUUACAAAAUUUUCAUAUACUCUAAAUGUAUUCUCAAGAUAUAGAACAGAAAUGAAGUCCAUAAGAAGACCAUAAACUUCCACCAUGUUAUACGUGCACAUACAGUGUCUUCUGAAAAAAGUAUUAGUGUUACCUAUUGAAUAAAUCCUCAUCAUAAAAGCGCAACACGUACCAACCAUGCUGAAGAACUCCAAGCAAACGAACUCUGAGACAGUAGUGUCCCCUAGUUCCGGUCCAGCUAGUCCUUCUGGCGUCGAGACCACCCCGAAGCCCAGGAAGAAACUGUCGUUCAAGGAACCUGAAAUAUUCAACUAUCUGAAGUUGAAGAAACCUUUUAAAAAGACAAAACCUCCGCCUCUUCAGUUGACGCAUUCAACCACAAGCGUCGAUUUUAGCUUCGAUGAGAACCCCUUUGAGGAGGAGAACGAUGACCUCGAAGAGCUCGAGAGUCAAGCGAUGAGGGUGGUCAGAACGGUAGGACAGGCUUUCGAGGUGUGCCAUAAAUUAAGUUUAAACAACGCCACGGAAGAACGAGACCGGGGGGAGAAAGAAAGAGAGAGGGAGCACAGUGAGAAUCAUCGUGACGUUUACGAGGACCAAGACGAAAUUCCGAAUGAACAGUCGCAACCGUCGCCGUCUUCUGUGCAUAAAGAUAUAUCGCUGUUAGGGGACGUAGAAGAUUCGGUACCGGAACAGACGACCGUUCCUUGCCUUCUGAGGACGCACGAAAUCCCAGCGACCACAGCGUCUACCUCCCCCGUUAGACAAUCGCCAUCGGGCACGGUGACCUCCGAUUGCGGAGGAUUACUGGUUGGAGGCGAAUUAACCGCUCUAAAGCACGAGAUUCAACUGUUGCGAGAACGAUUAGAGCAACAGAGCCAACAGACCAGAGCCGCUGUUGCCCAUGCGCGACUGCUUCAGGAUCAGCUUGCGGCUGAAACAGCAGCUCGAGUCGAAGCUCAAGCCAGGACGCAUCAAUUGCUGAUGCAAAACAAAGAACUUCUAGAGCAUAUAGGUGCGUUAGUCGGCCAUCUUCGAGAGCAAGAAAGAAUCUCGAGUGGUCACGUAACCUCACAGCCUCAGUUGCCUGGCUCAGCGACGAUGCAACAAACUACCACCGUUCCUGAUUUGUCGAACCUCGGCCAGUGCCAACGAACAGGAGGACAAAGUUCACCAUGGGAACUGGAUCCACCAUCUCCAUACUACCCUUAUCCACCAGAUUCCUUAUACCCUGGAGGUUUGAAUACAAUAGGAAUACAAGGAAAUAGUUGUCCAGCAGAUCAGUUACAGUUUCAAACACAACUCCUAGAAAGGCUGCACAACAUAAGUCCAUAUCAGCCUCAAAGGUCACCUUAUAACACACCUUCUCCUUAUACAAUGGGUCCCAAUCUUGUUGUACCUCCUAACAAUAGGCCAGCUAGCUCAGCCCAGUUGUCUCCAAAUUCCAUGUCAUUAAGAGCUUCUCAACCAAACAGUUUCUGUUCAUCACCCAUAAUGACGCACAAAGUAGACAAUUAUAUCGGAAGUUCAGAAACUACAGAGUUGAAGACAACAUUUAUUAAACCUUUACCCUGUACAGGCGAAAGGACCGUCAGUCACGUAGUUCAGGAGACAAAGAGUAAGCAGGAUCGAAUCAAUCUGCAUGACGAAAUUCCACCAAUUGUGUUGGAUCCUCCGCCUCAGGGUAAACGCUUAGAUACAACACCUAAGCAAUCACCGACCAAAGAAAACUCCAACGGUCAAGCGUCGAAUAAACAAAGUUUACAGAACCAGAAAAACUUGGCUACCAUAUUAAGAACUCCUGGUCCACCGCCAUCUCGUACAACCAGUGCUCGUUUGCCUCCAAGAAAUGAUUUGAUGUCCGAAGUGCACAGGACUACCUGGGCGAGACAUACAACUAAGUGAUAAAAGAUCUUUCCCAGAAUAGUUUCUGAAAAAUUUUACUGUCUACUAAACAUAUCAUCUCUUGGGUAGAACACUAUUUAUAAAAAAUAAUGUUUUCUUUUCUAUAUUUUGUAGUAUGGUUUAGGUCGCUAAUUAAUUUGGAGUUGAUUGUUUGGCCGCUAUAUAAACUGUCUAUAUUAUAAUGCAAUCAAAAUUAACUGUUGUUAUAAUUAUUCUUGGCCUUAAAUAUAACUAAAACCAUUGUCUACACACAAAAGUUCUGCCCAAGUAAGCUUAUUAUUAAAUGUAAGGACUAAGUGAAGCGUGUAAAUCUAUUAUUUUCCUUAUAAACGCUGUAGAGUGUUCAUAAGAGGUGGGAGUUUAAUUAUCGAUGUAACAAACAGAAAUAAUAGUUCCAAAUGGUUGUUAACGGUCUUUCUUUGAAUGAUAAAAUCAGACAUUGAUAGUGGAAAGUAUAAAUUUAGUGUAUUCUUUAGAUUUGGCGAGCUCGCGCCAAAAGAGUAGAGCUUUUAAUAAAGUGUAUUUACAACAAGCGAGCAAACAAUUUGUGAUCAGCGUGUGACAAAUAAGUGUAUAUAAAGUAUAUCAUUCUUGUACAUACUUAUUACACAUCUAUAACUAAUUUUACAAGUCGAGCUCUGUACUGUAAAAUAGAAAGAUGCAGAUUUAAUCUGGUGUUCAAUUCUUAUGAAUUUUAUCCAACAUAUUUCUUAGGGAAGAAAAUUCUUUUGUAUGUAUGGAAAAAUUAAUGAACGUAAAAAGAAAAAGACAAAUCUAUAUGUUGAAUUCAGAAAAGUAUAUAAAUAUGUAGCUCUGACAUGUUAAACUCGCAAUUAAAAUAAAUUAAGAUAAACAAUUGCUUUACGAAAACGUUGAAGCCAUCAGAAAGUAUAUUUAAAAAUUGCAAUGGCCAGUGAAUAAAAUGCUCUGUGAAAAA